AUGCGACCUGCCGAAUUCCUACACGAGAUCCAAAACGGUGAAAACACGUUUUUGGAUUACUUCUUGACCAAACUCAAAAAGCCCCUUCAACACAUCGUUCAAGUCUUGCCACGUAACUACCUGUUCGGAUUUCGCGACGACCCGCACCCAGACGCUGGAGCCUGCGUGACUGUACUGGAAACGGCCGUUGUUGAUCGGAAGGUUCGCGUAAGUGCCGUGAGCGCUGAGGACUUCGUUACGGGCGCCGCUGAGCGUGCUGGCGACGUCCCAGAGGGGGAGGGGGUUCCCGAGGCUGUUGACGAGGAGAGUGAUGGGGGUGCCAGGGACGGGGAGAACGACGGCCCAGGUGUGGGUCGGGUUCGGCAGGGAGGUCGUCGCGUGCGGCGGGCUGUUCAAGGUGGCGUUCGCGCAGCGAAGCUGAGGGAAAGUCCUUUUGACAGCAGAGGCGGCGAUAUGGGACGGGAUUGCAGGAAGGAUGGUUGUGGGAUCAUACUGCAAGGACCCGUGGCCGUGUGGUCGCUCGAAGGGAUAGAUUUCGAAUUCAAACUCACACGCCAACAGAUGAUGCGCACCGAUCAAAUCGCGGCUGAUGUCAUGGAGGAUCUGGUCCAGGAGGAGCCAAGAGAUGGCGUUGUCGGCAUAGGCCUUGAUACCGAUUGA